UGUGUGCAGGGACACAUUGGUGGCGUGUGACUGUGCUGAUCUUCUGCCUCAGUGCUGGGAUAUAAGAGGCUUUGAGAGACGGUCUUAUGAACUAGCAUUUAUAUUUCUCUCUGACUCUCCAUCCUUACGGCAUUCUGUAUCUCCAAGUCUGUCUUUUUUUUUAAUCAACACUCUUGGAUGUCACCAGACCUGUUGAUUAUCCUAAGUGGGAAUGGAGGACAUGAAGGAGACAACCAUGUGCGAAUAAGCAAAGAAGAGCACCUGAAGAGCCUUAACAAAUAUUCAUCACUGUGGAUACAUGGAGUAUGCAAUACAAGCCAAGAAUAGAUAACUUCAGACACAAGCCUGACAGAGCCUUGACCACAACAAAUAAAUUUUGAUCUUUAGCUGAUUCACAUUUCCUUUUUCUACGCUGUGGUUGUGAACCUAUAACUCUAUCCCCAGAUCAAAGACCUCCCACAUCGACCCUCCUUCACAGUGCCCCUCAGAGGGGAGAUGCCAGUCUUGCUUAAUGCUGACGCCUCCUUUAGCUCCAAGCAGGAGCUCCUGGACUUGCAGGAUUGCCCUCUUGGUGGAGGUCCCUCUCUGGACACCCCCAGCCCCGUGGACUCCCAGACAGGCAGCCCAAUAGGCUCAGGCCCAGGAAGUCCUGGGAGCCCUGGCGCUGAUGGCCCUAUUCUGUCCCACAUUUUCACUGGGGCUUCCACACUACCAGGGCAGCUAUGUGGGGUGGAAACCAGACCACAUGCAGAGACUCCCAUGAAGUUAAAACUGAUUUCCGCCGACUCGGGUCAGUUAUGUGGCUGGGGGGCUCUGACCCCCAAAGCUAUCCAAGUUUUCAACACCCCUCGUUGGGUCCUGUUCUUCCUUUGCGUGGCCUCUUUCCUCCAGGGGAUGAUAAUCAACGGCUUCAUUAACACAGUGGUCACCUCCAUUGAGAGGCGUUUCGACCUGCGCAGCUACCAGGCUGGCCUUAUCGCCAGCUCCUACGACAUCGCUGCCUGCGUCUGCCUGGCUUUUGUCAGCUACUUCGGCGGGACAGGACACAAGCCUCGCUGGCUGGGAUGGGGGGUGCUGAUCAUGGCCCUUGGUUCUCUGGUGUUUGCCAUGCCUCACUUUACCACACCCCCCUACCAGGUCAGUCUGCCUGAGCGAACAGGAAUGUGCUCUGCCAACCGUACCAGCCCGUGCCAGGACAAGGAGGGUGGAGGAUUGUCCAGCUAUCGUUUUGUGUUCAUGCUGGGCCAGUUUCUACAUGGUGUGGGUGCUACGCCUCUCUACACAUUAGGAGUCACAUACCUCGAUGAGAACGUCAAAUCCAACUAUGCCCCAGUUUAUAUUGGGAUCUUCUACACAGCGGCCAUUGUGGGUCCUGCAGCAGGCUACCUGCUGGGAGGAUACUUCCUCAAGAUUUACACCGAGAUCCACCUGACCACAGAGUUGACUCCAGAGAACCCUCUGUGGGUCGGGGCUUGGUGGAUCGGCUUCCUGGCAGGAGGAGCAGCAGCUCUACUAAUAGCAUUCCCCAUCCUGGGCUACCCACGACAGCUCCCGGGCUCUCAGGAGUAUGUGGCCAUGCGGGUGUCUGAGGCCCACCAGCUUAAGGACGGAAGCCAUAACACAGCCUCAGACCCUCAGUUUGGCAAAUCGGUCAAAGACAUGCCAAGGUCUGUGCUGCUCCUCUUAAAGAAUCCCACCUUCCUGUUCCUGUGCUUGGCUGGGGCAACUGAGGCCACCCUCAUCGCCGGCAUGUCCACGUUUGGUCCAAAGUUCUUGGAGUCUCAGUUCAGUCUCAGUGCAUCAGAGGCUGCCACAUGGUUUGGGUACAUGGUGGUACCAGCAGGAGGUGGUGGCACCUUCCUGGGCGGCUACAUCGUGAAGAGACUGAACCUGCGCUGUCGAGGUAUCAUCCGUUUCUGCAUGAUGUGUGCGAUGGUCAGUCUGCUCGCCAUCUUCAUCUUUCUCAUUCACUGCCCCAACGUGCCCAUGGCUGGUGUCACAGCACCAUACCAGUCUGGUCUGAUGGAGAAACAGCAAAUGGACCAGUACAAACACCUGUAUAACAAGCCCAGCAAGCUGCGCCUUAGAAACAGCUCUUCUUUAGAGAAGGACCUGACAGUGGGCUGUAAUGAAGGCUGUAAUUGUGUCAGAGAGCUCUACAACCCUGUGUGUGGGGCAGACGGUGUGAUGUAUUACUCCCCAUGCCAUGCUGGCUGCAGCUCCAUUAACCACACCGACCACACCACAGGCAAACAGGUGUACUCUGGAUGUAGCUGUGUAGUGGUUAAUGUCUCCCGGGGUGAGGAGGGCUUCGCUCUGGCAGGGAAGUGUGGUAACGCCUGCAACCACAUGCCAGCAUUCCUCUUCUUCCUCUUCAUCAUCAUCUCCUUCACCUUUCUAUGUAGCAUCCCAGCACUUACCGCCACACUCAGAUGUGUGCCAGACAGCCAGAGAUCCUUUGGACUCGGCAUCCAGUGGAUUGUGGUGCGAACAUUUGGUGGUAUCCCAGGACCCAUAGCAUUUGGCUCUGUGAUUGAUAUAUCCUGCUUACUGUGGCAGGAUCAGUGUGGUGAGCAGGGCUCCUGCUACCUAUAUCAUAACUCAGCCAUGAGCCAAUACACACUUGUAGCUGGCAUCAUCUAUAAGGUUUUGGGGACAAUCUUUUUCCUGUUAGCCAGCAUCCUGUACCAGCCUCCUCCUGAGUCACCUCAAAGCAGCUGUGAGAGCACCGACCAUGGAGUAGGAGACAUGAGCGAUCUGCCUAUCAAAGACCUGCCUGAAGAUGGUGUUAUAGUCAACCUACAUGCCAGGUUAUGACAUCAGAGACCUCCCGAUCGCUGAGUCUCUGUCUCACUGUGUGUGUGUGUGUGUGUGUGUGUGUGUGCACGCGCGCGUGUGUCUAUAGGUGCGGCUUAAUGCAGAGUGUGUGAGCGUGUGUUUGGGUGGUGAUGGAGGGCUGCCUCUCUAUGGCAACAGCCUUCUCUCAGCCAUAAUGACACCACCCCCAACAUACACAUGCGUGCAUGCAAACACGUGCACACAAAUGGAAAAAAUUAAUAAAGACACACAAACUCAAACAGCUGCCUUCAUGCACAUCUCCACACACACAAACACAGACAACUUUCUGUAGUACCUGAUGACUUCGAACAUGCUGCUUUGACUGCAUGUGUGUAUCUAAUUGUAUGAUUGACAGGACGGUGCCUCGCAAGUUUUUAUGUACCAGGAGGCAUUUGUACUCAUAAGUAUGUUAAAUCAGUUCAAAUUACUUUAAGUCUUUAAGGGUUUAAGUCUGAUGAUAUUUCUGUUUCAUAAUCAUUGUCCUUUAAUGAAACUUCUGAGACCUCCAGUAUGUGGUGUAUAUUAUAUGCCAUAUGUAUGAAGCAUUUAUGAUGUGGAAAAGGCAUUAUAUAUCCAUCCUCUUCUUGUUCUUUACCCAUUUCUGGAAGAUUACACUGUUUUUCUUCUACACCGAUAAGGCCAUGAUCUUAUAUACUGUAUAAGAUCUCAAGGCCAGUCACAAUGAAGCCAAAUCACUUUUUGUGUCGUAUUUUAAGCCAAGAGUAUCUAAAGGCACUUAUAUUAAUAUAAGAGGAACAUUGACUAUUGGUCACAAUAGAGCAGCACAAUAUAUUUUCACGCAUGUGUAUUUUUUAUAGCUACUUCGACACAUGUACAUGAGAUUUAUGAUCAGUCAUUGGCUUUUAUUUAAAAGUAGUAAUACAGAGAAAAAGAAAACACACACAAACACACACACACACACACAUAUAUACAAAUAUAUAUAUAGAUGCUCCUCUUUGAUAGAAAUUGCAUAGCUGCACUUUAAAAAAACAACAAAAGCACUGGGAAGCUUGGAAAAUAUGUGCUAUAUGUGACACAAUAAAGGCCUCAUCACACCAGCAUUUAAAAUGGCAAAUCUUUGCUACUGAAUCAAUUAUUGGACUAUGUAAUCGCUGCAAUCAGUUUGUUCACUCGCGGGGGUGAUGUAAAUCUGUGCACAUUUUUCACGUGAUUUUGCUGCAUGGCCAAUUCGAGCUGUCUCUAUAGUGCUGACCUGAUAGAAAGGAGAAAAUCCAAAAUGGUGUAAGCUAUAGUAGCCUGUUAGCUGUGUGGCACCAUCAAGUUUUAUAGAGACACAAUGUGAAACCAAAACUUUCAGCUCAUGUUCUAGAAAUAAGUCUCAUUCAAAAUCCCAAUUACAAACAACAAACACUUAACAUAAUUAACAAAAAAUUCACCUCUGGAAUAAAGUCUCUCAAGAGUACGUCAUGUGGUUUACUUAUGUUUAUACAAAGAGUGUAAGCUACUUUAAUAAACAAACUAAUGUUGCUGUUUUUGUUUUGACUGCUUUUGAGGUACAUAAUUUCCCGUAAGCCCUAAACCAUCAUGGCUCAUCAUAAGUCCACAGGUGAGUUGAGGGGCCGUGGCUAGUUCAGUGUGGAAUUGUCUAAAAAUAUGAAAAGGAAACCCAGGACCACAGCUAACAAAUCUAUGAUGAUUUCUACAUUUUGGCCUCUCCAGCAGGGAUCUUUGUUCCCAGGUCAAUAUUCUGUUAACACGCAUCAACCCUUGUUUUAUUGGAACAAGUCUUCAAAGCAAAGCUCUAAAUAUAAACACCACAAAACAAAUGGUUAUCAUUUGAUUUGAUUUGAAGCUUUUUUUUUUAAAUAUAUCUGUGUUGAGUCUGGGUGGUUCUGUGGAUAACAUUUUAGGGCAUAUUUUCACCUUUUUGGUGAUUCCAUGACUCCAACCACUCCAAGUGUUGGCCUAUUAUAUUGAGAGCCAUAGGGCAGUGCUGGGAAACAGAAAACCCAUAAUAGCAUAUUAUUCAUAUUAUGUUAGCAUACACAGUGUCAUAUCAAGCGAUGUCAGAGCUGUGGGACAUCUUUUUCAGGUUCCCAUUACAUGCCAUGUAAAUCUGGAGAACAUAGGAACGGCCCCCUCCAGCUCGCUGUUUCAUCAAAGGUCAGCAUUGUCUAGAUGGCAAACUAUUGCUAAAUGAUGCAAAUUUGUCAAAGUUCACCAAAUUUGGAACUGGCCACAAGAAAUUGGACAGAUUUACCUCACCGCUGUGCGCAAAUCCAGUGAUCACAGCCAUUCCAUAGAAAGUGACCACAAAUUAUGGUCAUUUAAAAUACUGGUGUGACUGUGCUGAGGGAUAUUCUGAGAAGUAGCUUUUAAGUUGGAACUGUCAAGGAUGACGCACAACUGGCACAACAUGCAGUAUAACAAAUCGUCAUGUUAUCGCAGUACUGUCCACAAAUGUGCCAAAGCAACUUUGCCUAACGACUCUUGUGAUCAUUGACCUUAUUUAUGCAAUUGAUUUAUUUAUAUUUCAGCACUUUUUUUUUUCAUUCACUUUGUGAUGAUAUGGAAUGCUGCUCUGGCUCUUCUUCUGCCGUCCUUUGUCCACAAAAAUUCCUCCUGUUGUCUUUAUUGUUUAUGUGAUUGUAAAACACAAGUUGACAACCUACUGUAUGUUGCCUGUAUUGUUGUCAUGUACUGUGCUCGUGUAAGAACUGACCAUAACAUGCUCUGACUGAUGAAGAUGAGUUUGAUCUCCAUGUGAAUGUGUAAAUGCAGUCCUCCAACUGUGCUUUUCAAUCAACCACUCUGUAAAAUUAUUUUUAUUCUUUUUUAUUUUGUUUUUGGUACAGUGUGUUUUUUAAAAAGGGACUUGAAAUCAAUGAUCUUUUUACGGAAUGAUUCAAAGAUGUCAAGUGUUUUGUAAUUACAAAAGCUGAACAGCAGA